AUGACUUCCUCCAGCAGCAUCGGGCGCUUCAGUGUCUGGGACUACGUGGUCUUUGCGGCAAUGCUGCUGGUGUCGGCGAUCAUCGGCAUCUACUAUGCCUUUGCGGGAGGGGGGCAGAAGACCUCCAAGGACUUUCUCAUGGGGGGCCGCAGCAUGACUGCCCUGCCUGUGGCACUUUCUCUCACCGCCAGCUUCAUGUCAGCCGUCACAGUGCUCGGCACCCCUGCUGAGGUCUACCGCUUUGGUGCCAUCUUCAGUAUCUUUGCCAUCACCUACACCCUGGUGGUGCUGUGUAGUGCUGAGAUCUUUCUGCCUGUCUUCUACCGACUGGGCAUCACCAGCACCUAUGAGUAUUUAGAGCUUCGAUUUAAUAAAUACCUGCGUCUCUGUGGAACGGUCCUCUUUGUUAUACAAACGACUUUAUACACUGGUAUUGUCAUUUAUGCUCCAGCUUUAGCAUUAAAUCAAGUCACAGGUUUUGACCUCUGGGGAGCAGUGGUGGCAACUGGUGUAGUCUGCACUUUCUACUGCACGUUGGGUGGCCUCAAGGCCGUGGUGUGGACAGACGUUUUCCAAGUUGGGAUCAUGGUCGCUGGAUUUUCGUCUGUGAUUAUACGAGCCGUGGUGGUUCAAGAGGGAAUCGGACGCAUUGUAAAUGAUUCCUACUAUGGAGGAAGAUUAAACUUCUGGGACUUUAAUCCCAAUCCUUUGCAAAGACACACCUUCUGGACAAUUGUUAUAGGUGGGACCUUCACAUGGACUGGCAUAUAUGGGGUCAACCAGUCUCAAGUACAAAGAUACAUCGCAUGUAAAACCAGGUUUCACGCAAAACUGUCUCUCUAUAUCAACCUGGUGGGCCUCUGGGCGAUCCUGGUAUGCGCAGUGCUGUGUGGACUGGCACUGUACUCCAUCUACAAGGAGUGCGACCCAUGGACAGCCAAGCAGGUCUCAGCGCCGGACCAGCUAAUGCCCUACCUAGUGCUGGAUAUUCUCCGUGAUUUUCCAGGAUUGCCAGGGCUUUUUGUGGCUAGUGCCUACAGUGGGACAUUAAGUACAGUGUCCUCCAGCAUCAACGCUCUGGCUGCUGUGACCGUCGAAGACCUCAUUAGGCCACAUUUCAGAUCUCUCUCUGAAAAGAAACUGUCCUGGAUUUCCAUGGGGAUGAGCCUGUUUUAUGGCGGUGUGUGCAUUGCUAUGGCCGCAUUGGCGUCUAUCUUGGGAGCUUUGUUGCAGGCAGCACUAAGCAUUUUUGGCAUGGUUGGUGGUCCCCUUUUAGGACUGUUUGCCUUGGGAAUCCUCUGCUCCUUUGCAAAUGGAGUGGGUGCAUUUGUGGGUCUUGUCAGUGGCUUUGCUAUUUCCCUUUGGGUUGGAAUUGGAGCCCAGAUUUAUCCUCCUCUCCCAGGGAGGACUAUUCCACUAAGUCUCUCGACUGCAGGCUGUAACAUAUCCAGCUCAAGCAACUUCACUUCACCAACAGAAAAUCCAUUAACACUUUUCCACAUGCAAGUCAAAGAAUAUACAAGGCCUGUCCUAGCAGACAACUGGUAUUCCUUGUCUUACCUCUACUUCAGCACGGUUGGGACCCUUGUCACAGUAGCCAUGGGAGUAGUGAUCAGCCUCCUCACAGGAGGACUAAAGCAGAAGACAGAUCGUAAAUUCCUGCUGACAAAAGAAGACUUCCUGUCCAACUUUUCAUGGUCUAAAUCUGAGACACCAGAGAAAGUGGAAGUGUUGAACUGGAAACCAUUCACCCUGCCGUCUGAAGGAACCGACAACCCUGCUUUCAGCCACAUGGAAAUGAAGGUCUCAGGCAAUAAGGACAAAGUCAAUGGCCUUCAUAUAUGA